UUCUGUUUCCGGUGACGCGUAUGUAAACGGUAAAUGAAUAUGGCGCCGUCCGAGGAUCAACACGCGUGCGUCAUUCCCGGAGGUUUUACUGUGCUGUCGCUGAGGUUCAGUGAGGAUGACGCUCAUGCUGCUCUUCAUCAGCUGUGUGUUAAAGAGCACCGGGUCCGGUCGGAGUCGAACACGAACAGACCGCUGGACCGAACACUGUUCGUGCUCAAUGUUCCUCCGUACUGCUCUGAGAGCGUGAUGACAGACGUGUUCGGCCGCUUCGGCCCCGUCCAGUCAGUGGAGCUGAAUGAGAAACCGGGAGCGUGUGAAUCGAGCGACAGCGACGCGUCCAAAUACUUCACGGCCAAACGCAGACAGUGUUUCAGGGCGGCCUACGUCGUGUUCAGAGACCCGUCCGGUGUGACAGCAGCCAAACGUCACCCGCUGAACGUCCCGCUCGUCGUCUCCACAGCCGACGGACCCGUCAAGACCGGCAUCCGCAAGUGGAUCCAGCAGUACUCAGACUCACUGAUCCACACCUCGUCACUGCAGCAGGACGUCGAUCAGUUCAUGAAUGACUUUGACAGACACAAGGAGGAGGAGGCGGAGCGUCAGAAGGAGGAGGUGGAGCAGCAGCAGGAGGAUGAGGAGGGCUGGGUGAAGGUGACGAAGGGCAGUCGCGGCGUGAAGGCCCGCCCACACAGCGAGACGGCCAAUGAGAGGACGCUUCAGAAAGAGAAGAAGAAGAAAGAACGCAAGGAGCUGCUGAACUUCUACACGUGGCAGCACAGAAACACACAGAAACAACAUAUCGCUGAGCUCAGGAAGAAGUUUGAAGAGGACAAACAGAGAAUCGCUGUACUGAGAGCACAGAGGAAAUUCAGACCCUACUGAUUCAGCCUACCCACAAUCCCCUGCCCCCGCUGACUCCACAUACCCACAAUCCCCUGCACCUGUUGGCUUGUACUGUCUGCUUCCUUGAACAUUCAUUUAAAAUAAAGUCUGCAACAAGUCAAACGGCUGAUGUC